UUUUCUUAAAUAAACACACACCAGGAACCCUAGACCAUUAAACAUCUGAAGACAAGCUCUGUUCCUAAAUUCCUUCACAGAUUACAGAUCUGCAACUUUGGAGCUUCUGCCAUCCUCUGUCGUUCCCGCCCGUUGAUAUCCGCUCUUCUGCCGAAAUACAGCCUUCAAAAUCUCAUCAAUUCGACGAACAAGCCGAUCACUAAUUCACCUCUGCCGUGCACCGCGCGCCACACCAUUUUUUGCUAAAGUCACCGGAGUUCUGUGCCCUUCCCUUUCGCAUCUAGACGUAUACGGCCAACCAUAGCCACGUGGGGUGUCUUCACAUGCUCGAAGUGCGUCGCAAUAGUGUUCCGUUGUCCGCCACGCGAUCUCCCCCCAGGUUUGGUGUGUCCCUGCUUCGUAGGUGAUGGCGGUGGUUGGUCCUAAAUUUGUUAUUUUCGAGUAUAGGAGAGGCUGAUUCAACAUAAAUUGAAAGAGGAUAAAAGAGCAGCAUGGCUCAACAGCCAUCUUCCCGACUCAGUCGUCUGCUCACUUUGCUGGACACUGGUUCCACCCAAGCAACGAGAUUAACAGCAGCAAGACAGAUCGGUGAAAUAGCCAAAUCACAUCGUCAGGACUUGAACUCUUUGUUAAUCAAGGUUUCCCAAUAUCUACGAAGCAAAAAGUGGGACACCAGGGUAGCUGCAGCUCAUGCCAUUGGGGCAAUAGCAGAGAAUGUGAAAUGUUCAUCUUUGACUGAUGUAUGUGGUUCUGUUGAGAAGAAACUGAUAGAAGCUGGGAUUUCUGGUUCAAUUGAAGAUUUAGUAGUAUGGCCUAAAUGUAAUCCUAAGCUUCGAGGAGGCACUUCAUUUGGAAGUUUUGAUUUGAACAAAGUGCUGGAGUAUGGUGCUUUAUUGGCAUCUGGGGGACAGGAGUAUGAUGUUCCAGCUGACAACAGUAAAAAUCCAAAGGAGAGAAUUGCUCGACAGAAACAAAACCUCCGACGCCGAUUGGGGCUAGAUGUGUGUGAGCAGUUCAUGGAUGUUAAUGAAAUGAUAAGAGAUGAAGAUCUUCUGCUGCAGAGAGUUAGUUCUCCCGUUACUGGUGUUCCUUCUCAAUAUUGUUCACCAGGGCCUCACAGUAAUAUUAGGCAUUUUGUUUCAAACAUUGUGCCGAGUGCCAAAACACGUCGGCCAAGUGCAAGGGAACUAAAUCUAUUAAAGAGAAAAGCAAAAGUUGGUUCAAAAGAACAGAGUAUAGGGUGGACAAAGGACGGAGAGCCAGACGGUCCACAUUCACAAGAUAUGACUUCACCAAGGGAGGGGAUUCAUUCUGAUGCAUUGUGCUCUAAUAAGAUACCCCUGGAUACUGUAUCUGAUGAAGAUCACUUGGAGAGUGAUGGAGAUUGGUGCUGGCCCUUUCAAAGCUUUGUUGAACAGCUCAUGCUAGAUAUGUUUGAUCCUUUGUGGGAGAUUCGUCAUGGCAGUGUCAUGGCAUUGAGAGAGAUAUUAACCCAUCAAGGUGCAAAUGCAGGAGUUAUUGCGCCUGAUUUCAUCCAUGAUAUUGGAUUAGAUUCUUUUAUUAAAGACAGGGUUCUUGAAAGGCAGGAAAGUGGAAUUGAUUUGAAUUUCCAGGCCCCACUUCAUGAGUCUGGACCAGAUUUAAAGAAGCCCAAGAUUGAAGAUGCAUCACCUGUUGUGAUGGAUGCAGUGUCUUUUGCCAGCAGGAUGAGUACCAUUGAUAAUAUUCAGUCAAUUGUUGAAGGUUUUGGAAUGAAUUUGCCAGUAGAGCAGGGAAAUGGUGCAUACGAUCUUGUGUAUACUAAAACAGAGGUUCAAACUUGCGCUAAUAGCGUAAGUUCUAUCUUUAAUAAUGAUAUGGUCGAGGCGAAGAGAUCUUUUGAGGACAGUACUUCCUUGGAAAAGAUUCACCUGCCACGAAGUCUUGCUGAAAAUUGUGAGCUGAUGAACUUGGUUAAAUUGGCCAGGCAUUCUUGGGUUAAAAAUUCUGAAUUUCUUCGAGACUGCGCAAUUCGUUUCUUGUGUGUAUUGUCACUGGACCGUUUUGGAGACUAUGUUUCUGAUCAAGUUGUUGCACCUGUUAGAGAAACAUGUGCUCAAGCAUUAGGCGCUGUGCUUAAGUACAUGCAUCCUACUUUUGUUUAUGAGAUACUAAAUAUCUUGCUACAAAUGCAGAAUAGACCUGAGUGGGAGAUUCGUCAUAGUAGCCUCCUGGGGAUCAAGUAUCUGGUUGCUGUGCGCAAGGAAAUGCUUAAUGAUUUGCUUAGCUAUGUCCUCCCAGCAUGUAACACUGGGCUUGAAGAUGCUGAUGAUGAUGUUCGAGCAGUGUCUGCGGAUUCUCUCAUACCAACUGCAGCUGCUAUUGUUUCCUUAAAAGGUCAAAUAUUGCAUUCUAUUGUUAUGCUACUCUGGGAUAUUUUACUUGAUCUGGAUGAUUUGAGCCCAUCUACCAGCAGUGUGAUGAAUUUACUGGCGGAAAUUUAUUCUCAAGAAAGGGUGAUUUCAAAGACGUAUGAAAACCUGCCAUCAUUGGGGAAACAAGAAUUCAAUCUUAAUGACAUUGGCUGUGAAGAUGAUAUCGGUGUAGGAACUAGCUCUUUAGAGAACCCCCAUACAUUGUCGGUUCUGGCACCGCGGCUGUGGCCAUUUAUGAGGCAUACUAUCACAUCUGUCCGUUAUGCAGCCAUUCGCACUUUGGAGCGUUUGCUUGAAGCAGGGUGUAGGAGGAGCUUAUCUGAAGUAUCUUACUCCUUCUGGCCUUCACUUAUUCUGGGUGAUACCCUUCAGAUUGUUUUUCAGAACCUACUGCUUGAAUCGGACGAAGAGAUUCUGCAGUGCUCUGGUAGAGUUUGGGGGCUUCUUAUCCAGUGCCCAUUAGAUGACUUAGCUGAUGCUGUGAAGGCAUACUUUUCAUCUUGGGUAGAACUAUCAAGUACUCCUUAUGGUUCACCUCUGGAUACUACAAAAAUGUUUUGGCCCGUGGCCCUUCCUCGUAAAAGUCAUUUUAAAGCAGCUGCUAAGAUGAGAGCUGUGAAACCAGAAAGCUAUACCUAUAAUAACAUUUCCCUCUGUUCAGCAGAAGGUACUAGUCUACAAGAAAAGAAUAUAGGCACUUCCACUCGUAUCGGAAAGAUAAUUGUUGGUGGUGAUGUGGACAUAUCAGUUACCCAAACACGUGUCGUCACAGCCACAGCAUUGGGGGUUUUAGCUUUUAAGUUGGGUGAUGCUUCUCUUCAAUAUGUUGUUGACCCAUUAUGGAAGGCACUUGCCUCUUUUUCUGGAGUUCAAAGACAGGUAGCCUCAAUGGUUCUAAUUUCAUGGUUCAAGGAGUUAAAAGAAAAGGACAAAUUGAAGUCUGAGGGGAUUAUUACCUGCAUUUCCAUCAAUUUUGGGGAAAGGUUAUUGGAUUUGUUAUCUUGCACAAACCCUGCAUUUCCAUCUAAAGGUUCAACUCUUCCAUAUGCUGAACUUUCAAGGACUUAUGAGAAAUUGCGCAAUGAAGCACGUCAGUUGUACCAUGGUACUCAGGCAUAUGGCAUGCAUAAAGACAUAAUGUCAUCCACUAAACUUGACCUGGAGAGUUUGAGUGCAGAUGAUGCAGUGAAUUUUGCAUCUAAGCUUUACUUUGUAAAUAAUAUAAUUACUAGGGAGGAGUCUACGGGACAGAGUAUUUUUGACGAAUUAGAGACUAUGAAGCAAAGAGUUCUGACAACUGGUGGAUAUUUGAAGUGUGUUCAGAACAAUUUGCAUGUUACCGUCUCGGCUUUGCUAGCUGCUGCUGUUGUUUGGAUGUCUAACCUUCCGGCGAAACUCAACCGAGUUAUUUUGCCUUUAAUGGCAUCUAUUAAGAGAGAACAGGAUGAAAUGCUACAAAGCAAAGCAGCUGAGGCUCUGGCAGAGCUUAUCUAUUGUUGUAUGGACCGUAAACCUGGGCCCAAUGACAAGUUAAUCAAGAACAUCUGUAGUUUGACAUGCAUGGAUCCUUGUGAGACUCCUCAAGCUGGAGUUCUGAAUUCUAUUGAAAAGAUUGAGGAGCAAGGACUUUUGUCCUUCAGAAGUUGUAGUAACAAGCAGAUGUCGAAAGUUCAUGUGCGUUCUCCAGGUGAUGAUCGACCAAAGGUUGAGGGCUUCAUAAGCAGACGCGGAGCUGAGCUUGCUUUGAAAUGUUUAUGCGAAAAAUUUGGCGGUUCAUUGUUUUACAAGCUUCCUAAGCUUUGGGAUUGCCUGGUAGAAGUCUUAAAGCCUCGGAACAUUGAAGGUUUUAGCCGAGAUGAUGAUAAGCUUAUAUCCGAAGUUAUUGAUUCUGUAAAUGAUCCUCAGACUUUAAUAAAUAAUAUUCAGGUAGUCUGUUCCGUUGCUCCGUUGUUGGAUGUGACAUUGAGAUGUAAACUUCUCACACUCCUUCCAUGCAUCUUUAGAUGUGUUUGCCAACCUCACGUGGCUGUGAGAUUGGCUGCAUGUAGAUGUAUCACUACAAUGGCCAAGUCAAUGGCAGUGAAUGUGAUGAUUGAAGUAGUGGAAAAUGUGAUCCCUAUGUUGGGAGAUAUGUCCUCUGUUCAUUCUAGACAAGGUGCUGGCAUGCUUGUCAGCUUGCUAGUUCAGGGACUUGGUGUGGAAUUGGUUCCUUAUGCUCCGCUUUUAGUUGUUCCUCUUCUGAGAUGCAUGAGUGAUUCUGAUCCUUCUGUAAGGCAAAGUGUAACACAUAGUUUUGCUACACUUGUCCCUUUGCUUCCAUUAGCUCGUGGUAUUUCUGCCCCUGCUGGUCUCAGUGACAGUUUAUCCAGGAAUCAAGAUGAUGUAAAAUUCCUUGAGCAACUGGUCGACAACUCACAUAUCGAUGAUUACAAGCUCUCUAUCAACUUAAAAGUGACUCUUAGAAGGUAUCAACAGGAAGGUAUUAACUGGUUAGCUUUUUUGAAGAGAUUCAAUCUUCAUGGCAUCCUAUGUGACGACAUGGGCCUUGGAAAAACCCUUCAGGCAUCGGUGAUUGUUGCAUCUGAUAUUGCAGAGCAUAUUGCUGCAAACACUGCUAGAAAUCUCCCACCAUCUCUUAUAAUAUGUCCCUCUACCCUUGUUGGUCACUGGGAGUACGAGAUAGAGAAGUUCAUUGAUGCUUCUUUAGUAACUACCCUUCAGUACUGCGGUUCUGCUCAAGAACGCAUAUCUCUUCGUUGUCAGUUUAAUAAAUAUAAUGUUAUUGUUACAUCGUAUGAUGUUGUCCGCAAAGAUGUUGACUCUCUUAAGCAGCUAUUCUGGAACUACUGUGUUCUAGAUGAGGGGCAUAUCAUAAAGAAUUCAAAGUCAAAAGUGACUCUUGCUGUGAAACAAUUGAAGGCACAGCACCGUCUCAUACUGAGCGGUACUCCAAUUCAGAACAAUUUGUUGGAUUUGUGGUCUCUUUUUGACUUCCUCAUGCCAGGAUUUCUUGGAACGGAAAAACAAUUCCAUGCAUCCUAUGGUAAACCACUGCUAGCUGCAAGAGAUCCCAAAUGUUCAGCUAAGGAUGCUGAAGGAGGAGCACUUGCCAUGGAAGCAUUGCACAAACAGGUGAUGCCUUUCCUUCUUCGCCGGACCAAAGAAGAAGUGUUGUCUGAUUUACCAGAGAAAAUCAUCCAAGACAGAUACUGUGAUCUGAGCCCUGUUCAGCUAAGACUUUAUGAAAAGUUUUCCGGUUCACAUGUUAAGCUAGAGAUUUCCAGCUUGGUGAAGGUCAAUGAGUCUGACUCGGGACAAGGAGAUGAUGUACCCAAAGCGUCUUCUCACGUUUUCCAGGCAAUCCAAUAUUUGCUUAAACUUUGUAGCCAUCCACUUUUAGUGCUUGGUGAAAGAAUUUCUGAGUCCAUAUCAACAGUUCUAUCAGAGUUUAUUCCUGAUGGUUCAAGUGGUGUCUCUGAACUCCAUAAACUCCACCAUUCUCCUAAACUGGUUGCCCUCCAGGAGAUUCUUGAAGAGUGUGGAAUUGGGAUUGAUGCUUCGAGUCCUGGGGGGGCUGUUAAUGUCGGGCAGCAUAGAGUACUGAUAUUUGCACAGCAUAAAGCUUUUCUGGACAUUAUUGAGAAGGAUUUAUUUCAUGCUCAGAUGAAGAAUGUCACAUAUUUGCGGUUGGAUGGAUCCGUUGAGACAGACAAACGGUUUGAGAUUGUAAAAACUUUUAAUUCUGAUCCUACUAUUGAUGUCUUGCUUCUUACAACACACGUUGGCGGUCUUGGGCUGAACCUGACAUCGGCUGAUACUCUUGUGUUUAUGGAGCAUGACUGGAAUCCAAUGCGUGACCAUCAGGCAAUGGAUAGAGCUCACAGAUUAGGGCAGAAAAAAGUCGUCCAUGUUCACCGCCUAAUAAUGCGAGGGACCUUGGAAGAGAAAGUUAUGAGCCUCCAGAGGUUCAAGGUGUCAGUUGCUAAUGCUGUAAUUAAUGCAGACAAUUCCAGUUUAAAAACAAUGAAUACAGACCAGCUGCUUGAUCUAUUCACACCAGCAGAUGGAAAAAAGGCUCCAAAUGCUUCAGAGAGAACUGAUGAUAAAUUGGAAGGGGAACAAAAGUGGUCACGUGGUGGGAAGGGAUUAAAAGCCAUUCUUGGAGGUUUGGAAGAUCUUUGGGAUCAAUCACAGUAUACUGAAGAGUAUAAUCUCAGCCACUUUUUAGCGAAGCUUAAUGGUUGAUGCCCCAAAUGUUUAGCCUGCUCUGCAACCCUUUUUGUCAUGGCAGUACGAUAGGACUAAGAAACGAUAUCACCGACCACAAAAAAUGCAAUACAAGAAAGAAAGGAAGCUAAUAUGAGCUUUAAAGAAUAUCACCGACUACACGAGUACAGCUUUUCAUGGAGCCUGCAGUCUGCACUCACUUCUCCUGAUUUGGAGAUACCUGGGGGAUUUUAGGUCAAUAGCCUUGUACAAAUUGUGUAUAUUCUGAGUCACGGCCCAAUUUUCCUUGAAAACUAGUGAUAGAUGUGUUUCGUUUGUUUCAUCCACAUGAAAUCGAAGUCGUUUAGGUUAUGCUAACUUAGAAAAUAUCACGUCUUUUUGGGAGGGCAUUUCUCUGCUUGGUUGAAGCAGGCAGGUUGCUGGGGUUGAGGAAAUUUUGUAAAUUUUGAAUUCUUUGUACAUACAUUGAGGCUCUGAUUAUUUAAUCUGAUAGAAAGGGAGAAAAAGCAAAAAGAAAAACAGAAUGCCUUGAUUAGGCAGGAGACUUAUUUAUCUUAUUGUGGAGGUUUUUAUUCGGCUUUUAACGGA